UUAUAUUUUUGUGUGAGAGAGAGUGAUUCCAAAUUGAAGAUUCGUUGAAUGAGCGGGGAGAUGGGUGCAUUGGAUGGCAACCAGAUCUGUGGUUCUAUCAAUAUCAUCUGGGUAUGUCUCUGUUUCUCUUGAUUUGGUCAUCUGUUCUCGUUUUCCCACUCCAAAUCUCCGACUUGGUUUUGGUAUUGAGUCUUCCACUCCGUUUCUUCCAUUUUCCGAGCUUCCAAACAUGAGGACUUUCUUGAAUCUGGAAAAUAAACCAGAAGAAAUACUAAAAUUAAAGAUAGUCUAUCUAUCUGCCGUGUAAGCAAGUAACUGAAAUGGCUGCUGAUACUAAACAUCCUCAUUAUUAUUCUCAUUCCUCUCAUUCCAACAAUUGGUCACAACCCAGCUGCCUGCCUACUGACCUCCAACACUCGCAGGAAGUGUAUAACUCCAGCCUCCUUGAUCAUGGUUCAAUAUCUUUCGGAAGAUUUGCUGUGGAGUCACUUUCAUGGGAAAAGUGGUCAGUCUUCUCCCAUAACAAACGUCAGGAAGAACUGGAGAAGUUCACUGCCCCAGGCCAUGUUGCUCAGAAGAAGGCAUAUUUUGAAGAAUAUUACAAAAAGAUUAGAGCUAUGAAGCAAUUGCAGGCAGAGCAGCAAGAAAGAAAUGCAUCAGAUCCUUGUGAAGAAGAGCAAAGCCCUACAACUGAAGCCAAAAACAAUUUUAUUACUGCCCAGACAAAAGAGGACAAUAAACAUUGUGGUGCUGAUGAAAUCAAGUUUUCAGAAAAUGGCACAUCUACUAGCAAAGAAUUACUGGCACAAAUUGGGAGAGAUGAGUCAUUAGGCUCUAAGCAACAGAAUGAUAAGCAGAAUGAAUAUCUUACCUUACAGACAAUUGAAGAGGGUCAUUUUACAAAUAAGGAUGCCACAAAAUUCGCGCUCUCUGUUGAAAGUUGUUCAAAAACCACCAUGCAGGGCAGUGUUGCCUAUGAUGCGAUCAAGCUCAGAGAAAACAAAUUGAAGGAUCAGGCAGGUCUUUACAAAACUGAGGGAAAUCCAACUUUAGGUGGAAGCAAGAAGUUGGACUGCAGAACCAAGAAAGAUGUUAUUAAGCCAGCUGGGAAGCCUGAUUCCUCUCCUCAUAAGGACAUUGGUGGGAAGAGGGAUUAUUUGAGCAAAAGAGCUACUCAUAAGUCUGCCAGUGACAUGAAGUCUGGAAAGCUGCCUUCAUGUAUUUCGAAGGGUAAACCGGCACCUUCCUCUACUAUCAUGAGAGGAAGUCUAGCUAAGGCAAAUUCAAGUCUGAGAGAUGGAUUGACUAACAAGAACACACUGAAGGAGAUUACUGGGGCAACACCUGUGAGAAACAGAGAUUCAGAGAAAAGGAGGGCUCCGGUGGGGGUUACUGGGAAGUCUUUGCAGUUGACUGGUUGCCACACAAAUCUGAGGAAAGGACAAUCGGAGAACCAGAGACCAAAAUCCAUGCGUACAAGUCUUGCUGCUUGGGGUAAAUCAACUGAAAGCCUUGCAACUGAAAUUGGCUACAAUAAUCAUGUCAGAGGAGUAAAACAGAAGCAGGUGGUCAAUGCAAGCAGUGGAAGAGUUCCAAAGCCUGCCUCACCUGUCAUGCCGAGUAUUCAGAAGGCUCCAAAUCUUAAACAGGGACACAAGAUUGUAUCUCGGCAGUCUGGGGAUCUAAGAAGUGCUCAAAGGAACCCGAGGCAGAUGUUGCCGAGUUGGCGUUGAGGGCUUCUGCUCCAACAUUCGGGUUGGCAAUGCGCGCAUUCGCAAGUUCAGCAAGGCUGCUCGCGGAAAGGGGGAAGCCUUGGAUGGAUGAAAGCAAUGGGCUUUAAAGAAAGAUGUCUGACCUUAUAAACUUGAUAUAGAACAGAGGUAGAUGGUAGGUUAUAAUAUUAGUUGAUAGUUCUCAGAGGUUUCACAUCUACAGAAUGACAACUACUUGUUAUGGUCCAUGCUUGGGAAACGGUUAGUUGAGAAGAAGAAUAAGGUUGGUUGAAAUCAAAUGUAUUUCGAGAUCAGCUAUCUGAAAGCA